AUGAGUUGGCUUCCAAUAGGUGCUUCUCUCUUUGCCAGCAAUAUUGGCAGUGAGCAUUUUAUUGGAUUAGCCGGUGCUGGAGCAGCAAGUGGCAUUGGCGUUGCCGCUUUUGAGCUCAACGCUUCCCUUCUGCUACAACUUUUGGGUUGGGUAUUUUUGCCGGUGUAUAUUGCAAGCGGAGCUUUUACACUUCCCGAUUACAUGAGUCGUCGAUUUGGGGGAAAUCGAAUUCAAGUCUAUCUGGCAGGCCUCUCUCUACUUCUUUACAUUUUCACCAAGAUUUCGGUGAAUCUCUAUUCCGGAUCUUUAUUCCUCACCGAAGCGCUGCGAUGGAACAUAUGGAUUUCAAUCAUUUUUCUUCUGGCUCUCACUUCUUUAAUCACUGUCACAGGGGGUCUUGCUGCGGUACUAUACACGGACACUAUGCAAUGUUUCGUAAUGAUUAUCGGAGCAAUGCUGUUGGCUAUCCUCAGUAAGUCGCCGAAGUGUGACCAGAAUGAUGUACUACAUAAAGUUGAUUGUCAUGCUACUUUAUUAGUACGAUAA